AUGAGCUGCUUCAUUGAUUCUGAUGGGAACAUUCUCUGUGUUUCUGUUGCAGGAAUUGCUUACCUGGGAGGUGUCUGCAGUGCCAAGAGAAAGUGUGUUCUUGCUGAAGACAACGGUCUCAAUCUGGCAUUUACAAUUGCACAUGAACUUGGGCACAACAUGGGAAUGAGCCAUGAUGAUGACCAUCAACCCUGCGCAGGGAGGUCUCAUAUUAUGUCUGGAGAAUGGGUGAAGGGCAGGAACCCAAGUGACCUUUCCUGGUCUUCAUGCAGCCGCGAUGACCUUGAAAACUUCCUAAAGUCCAAGGUCAGCACCUGUUUGCUGGUAACAGACCCCCGAAGCCAAUACGCGGUGCGGCUCCCUCACAAGCUGCCUGGAAUGCACUAUAGUGCUGAUGAACAGUGCCAGAUACUUUUUGGGACCAAUGCUACGUUCUGUAAGAAUAUGGAGCAUUUGAUGUGUGCUGGGCUCUGGUGCCUGGUGGAAGGAGAUACAUCCUGUAAAACAAAGUUGGACCCCCCUCUGGAUGGCACAGAAUGUGGCGCAGACAAGUGGUGCCGAGCUGGGGAGUGUGUCAGUAAAACUCCCAUCCCUGAGCAUGUUGAUGGAGAUUGGAGCGUGUGGAGUCAGUGGAGCAUGUGCAGCCGGACGUGUGGCACAGGAGUGCGAUUCAGACAGCGGAAAUGCGACAAUCCCCCCCCGGGGCCAGGCGGGAAGAACUGCCGGGGAGCCAGCGUGGAGCACACUGUGUGUGAGAACCUACCCUGCCCUAAAGGUGUUCCAAGCUUCAGGGACCAACAGUGCCAGGCCCACGACAGAUACACCAACAAGAAAAAAAGUCUCCUGACAGCUGUCAUCGUUGAUGAUAAGCCAUGUGAGCUCUUCUGCUCUCCGUUGGGGAAGGAUUCCCCUGUGCUCGUGGCAGACAGAGUCCUCGAUGGCACUCCGUGUGGGCCUUACGAGACUGACCUCUGUGUACAUGGCAAGUGCCAGAAAAUUGGCUGCGAUGGAAUCAUUGGCUCAGCUGCCAAAGAGGAUCGCUGUGGAAUCUGCAGUGGUGAUGGCAAAACCUGUAAAGUGGUGAAAGGCGACUUCAACCACACCAAGGGGAUGGUAACCAAUAGUCAUUGUAAGAAGGUUUCCACAUGUGUGAUGGCAAAGGCAAAGGCUGUUCCCAAGUGUUUCUCGUGUUACAUCGAAGCAGCUGUGAUCCCUGCAGGUGCCCGGCGGAUCAGAGUGGUUGAGGAUAAACCUGCUCACAGUUUUCUGGCUUUAAAAGAUUCCAGUAAGAGAUCCAUUAACAGCGACUGGAAAAUUGAGCUUCCUGGUGAGUUUCAGAUCGCAGGCACUACUGUCCGGUACGUGCGAAGGGGUCUGUGGGAGAAAAUCUCUGCCAAAGGACCAACUAAAAUACCACUGCACUUGAUGGUGCUGUUAUUUCAUGACCAGAAUUAUGGAAUUCAUUAUGAAUACACCAUUCCUGUAAACUAUACUGCUGAAAACAGAAGCGAGCCAGAAAAGCAACAGGAUUCUUUGUACAUCUGGACGCACAGCGGAUGGGAAGGGUGCAGCGUGCAGUGUGGAGGAGGUGAACGGAAAACCAUUGUGUCCUGUACUCGAAUUAUUAACAAGACCAUGACACUCGUGAAUGACAGUGACUGCCAACGAGUGAAUCGCCCCGAGCCCCAGGUCAGGAAAUGUAACACACACCCCUGCCAGUCACGGUGGGUGACUGGCCAUUGGAGUCCCUGCUCUGCUACCUGUGAGAAAGGUGUCCAGCACCGGGAGGUGACUUGUGUUUAUCAGUUGCAAAACGGCACCUACGUUAACACGAGAGACCUCUACUGCCUUGGCAACAAACCAACAACAGUACAAAGCUGUGAAGGACGGGACUGCCUUUCUAUCUGGGAAGCCUCAGAGUGGUCAAAGUGCUCGGCAGACUGUGGCAGGGGCAUUCAGAAAAGAACAGUGACGUGCACAAAUUCUCAAGGAAAAUGUGAUGCAGCCACCAGACCAAGAGAUGAGGAAGAGUGCGAGGAUCACACAGGCUGUUACGAAUGGAAAACAGGCGAUUGGUCUAAGUGCUCCUCAACCUGUGGGAAGGGUCUCCAGUCACGCGUGGUCCAGUGUAUGCACAAAGUCACCGGGCGCCACGGCAAUGAGUGCCCUGUCCUGUCCAAGCCAGCGGCCUACAGGCAGUGUCACCAAGAGGUCUGCAAUGAGAAGAUAAACGUCAACACAAUUACCUCGCCCAGACUUGCUGCUCUCACGUACAAGUGCACAGGCGACCAGUGGACAGUGUACUGCCGGGUGAUCCGGGAGAAGAAUCUGUGCCAAGACAUGCGGUGGUAUCAGCGCUGUUGCCAGACUUGCAGAGACUUUUAUGCAAACAAGAUGCAGCAGAAGAGUUAAUGAACCUGUGCUACUUCUUAGGGUGUUACAGCUAUUUGUAUGUAAAUCACGGACUAGUAGGUCUGAGUACUGGAACUUCAUGAGUUGCUACAAUGUGGUGGAUUCCAAAGCAUACCUAAUAAGACUUGAAACUAAUUCUACAGACUGGAUACCAAAGUAAUCCACUCAUCCACCUUAAAAAAACAAACAGAAAGAGUCAUCUCAAGGAGCCAAUCAUUUUAUUGUAUUUUGACAUCCUUACAUUUUUCAUUAAUGCUUUUUACUUUAAUAUAUUAAAUCACCAGCCACUGGAUGGCUUGCUACC